GUCGGACUUCGGUUCGUGAGCUUGCUUGGGGCCAGCAUCGUGGAUGUGGGUGGCCCUAUCUCGGCUCCACAGUUCGGUUCCAGCUCAACUCGAGUGCGGCUCAAGUUCGGCUCAAGUCGACAGGCGUUGGACUUGCUUGGGGCCAGCAUCGUAUCGUGGAGGCGGGUGGCCCUAUCUCGACUCCACAGUUCGGUUCCAGCUCAGCUCGAGUGCGGCUCAAGUUCGGCUCAAGGCGGCAGGCGCUCGUCGCAGCGUCGAAGCAGGAGUGGGAGGGGUGGCUCCAGGAAGAUCUCCAUAACGAGUCCGUUAUCUUUUUGGUUCAAGAGUUGUCGUCGUCACGACAAGGUGUUCUUUUCGCAAUCUGGUAUACGAGCAUCUUUAAGCAAGCGACACAGGAGAUUGUGUUUUGGAUGAGCCCGUGGCGCCCCUCCUGCGGGCUCCCCCCCCUCCCCCCCUCGCCACAGUACGGAACGAGCUCGGGGGGGGGGGGGCGGGCCACGCCCCGUCAGGCAUGGCGCAGUACUCACAGGCACGGUUGCCACUACAAUGACCGCGACCGCCAUGUUACCGUUGCCCCGCCACGUGGGCCCCAUUUCUUUCCCCCCCAUAACGGACGCUACGGGGGGAUUGUAAACACAAUCUUCGGAGCCCACGCAAUGCAGUUUCAGGACGCAUGCGCGGCCAUGGCGGGUGACACGGCCGACGACUGCGCCGGUUUAGCGGUUUCGACUUUGAAGGUGGUUGCGUCGUCGGAGGUCUCAACGGCACCCUUAUCCUUUGCGGAGCCCCUUGUCGAACACUCCGAUUCGUUCACGGGUGAGACGCCCAUCAAUUUGUCGCCGGAGCUGGUCUGUUUGUUGGGCGGGGAGUUCUCUUUCAUGUGCACCGCCAGGAUGGACGGCGUCGGCCCGUGGAGCCGCAUAUUCGACUUCUCCCUCGAAGCGGACGAGGACAGCAUCACAGCGGGGGCCAUCGCGCUCACUCAAGAUUUCCACUUCACCGUCUUCCGAGGGAAAAAGCCAAUCAGCGUGCGCGUGAAUGGUUUAUUCAAGCUCGAAGAGGAGUUCACCGUGCUGUGCACUGUUUCGGCCGCUGGGCACAUGAAAGUGUUCAAGGACGGCGUGCUUGUGGGUGAGCGGACGGAUGGGAUGGCACCGCUACGUGUGGACAGGCCGCGCAUGAUGGUCGGCGGCCACUAUUUGUUCAAGAACCAAUACUUCCGUGGUAGUUUGAAAGACGUGAAGGUUUGGAACCAAGAAGUCCCUUGGGAGGCGCGGUCAGCGUCGAGGGUGGUCGUGCACGCUUUGGGCACAGUGUUCUCGGAGCCCGUGGAGACAUCGCCCAGUUCGGAGCUGGACGGCAAGCUCCGCGGUGCCCUCGAUGCGGUGGAUCCGACAAGCGAGGACGCGAAGGCUUGAGAUUGGAAGGCCGAGAUGCUUCUCUCGAGGGGCGACGAAGGGUGUGCUCUCGUCAGUUCGGUGCAGGUGUGGCACCUGUCGUGGGCAGCGGGGGCGUUUCCCUAGCGACCGCCUGAUGGUCCCAGAUCGUUGUGGGGAUUCUGGGGCGUCGUUCGCGCUUUCGGCAAUCCUGACGCGCUGCCCUGUCCGCAUUGGUCAGUGUCACACGUCCGAGCCACGUUGGGGAUUGGUUUGGGGGGAGAGAGGGGAAUGCUCUCGGGAUGAAGCACGUCCCCGCACAUGCAUGUAGCAAUAAUGCGCAGCAUUCCAUGCUAGGAACUGUUCAAGGUUGCUGUUCGUAUUCCAUUGUCAGUUUGACGAGGUAUCGCUGAACACUGGUUGGUUGAUAUCUUCCCUGUUCCCGGACGCAUGAUACGCCGAACGGGGGCCAUUUGAUUGCACUACCCUCCGUGGUAUCCUCUCACAUUUUGGUAGUUUAGGAAGCUCUGUGUUGGAUGAGCUCUUGCACAGCAAUGCACUCUUAGAAUCUGCGCACAAUCCAACCGAUGCGGAGAAUGCAUGUCGAUCUACACAUCGGCGUCUCUUAAUUAGGGUUGUUGAGACACAGCUGGCAUCGUUGCAUUUGGUGACGUGCCUUCCUGUUCUGACGUCUCGUGCUGCAAACAACACGC